GGCACUGGCUUCAUGACUUCCUCUAUGUUACAUCUGAGCUCUGCAGUGAUGGCACUUUACAGUCGUCACCCGCACAGGCAUCGGAAUAUUACAAUGCCAACACAUGAUGAUCUCAUGGACCUCUGAGACAGUCAGGCAAACCAUUAUGGACAAUAACACAUCUUUGCCCAUCACCAUGGAGGGCCGUGUUCCCCAAGUGUAUCGGACUUUUAGCCUUGUCUUUUACUGCAUUAUCUUCAUCAUCGGCUCAGUGGUCAACCUUACAGCCCUCUGGGUCUUUGCCUUGACCACAAAAAGACAGAACUCUAUCACGAUUUACAUGAUCAAUGUUGCUUUAGUGGACUUGGUGUUCAUCUUACUGCUUCCCUUUCGAAUAGUCUACUACAGUCAGGACUACUGGCCAUUUGGGGAUGUGUUCUGCAGAGUUAAUGCUGCACUGACUGUGCUCUAUCCCUGCCUUGCCUUAUGGCUGUUCACCCUGAUCAGCACUGAUCGCUACGUUGCCAUCGUGCAACCGAGACACACCAAAGAACUGAAGAGUGUCCGUAAAGCCUUGCUGUCUUGUGCAGGGGUCUGGAUCAUGAGUCUGGGCAGCACUGCUCCUCUCGUUCUCCUGGAAGAAGAUCCAGACAGCAUCUCAAACUAUACCACUUGCAUCAAGAUGCAUGACAUUAUCUACUUGCGCCGCGACAAUCCCAUCCACUUUGCACGUCUUGUCUUCUUUUUCUUGGUGCCAGUAUGCAUUAUGGUGGGCUGUUACAUUAUCAUCGUGGAAAACCUAAUCCAUGGACGCACGUCUAAACUGAAGCCCAAAGUCAAGCAGAAGUCAAUCAGGAUCAUUAUCACAUUGAUCAUCCAAGUGCUGGUGUGCUUCGUGCCUUUCCAUGUCUGUUUAGUUUCCCUGCUGUUGGAGAUCGGUGUGCAAGGAUACAACACCUGGGGGGCCUUCACCACCUUCUUAAUGAACACGAGUACAGUGCUGGACAUCAUACUCUUCUAUAUUGUAUCCAAGCAGUUCCAGGAUCGUGUGAUCAGCGUGAUCCUGUACAGGAACUACCUGAGAAGUGUCCGCAGGAAAAGCCGCCAUGCCAAUAGCAUACGCUCGCUCAACAACCUGACCAGUGCCAUGAUAUGAUGAAUAAUACAGUGGAUAAAACCAUCUGUGGUUAUCUGCUUACAGGGAGUGCAAAGACUUAGUUUGAACAUGACGAUGAAUGUAGGUUGCCCUGUGCACAUACAGCGGUCUUAUGGCUGGAGGUUGAGUGGCUGUGUUAUUUGUGGUAGUGGCUAUUCCUACUGCUUAAUGCCCUAAUGUUAUGGGUGGGCUGCACAACUGGCUAAAGCUUUUUAAAAAUAAUUUUUAAAUGGGAUGGCAUUUGCUAGCAUGCUUUUUAUUGUACCAAGUGUGAUUCCAAUACAGCUAACAUCUUAUAGAUUUUCUAUAAGAGGGUAAAAGCUAAUUAAAUUAUAUAAGAGCACUUUAUCUAUAAUAAUUGUGUAAAUUGUUUAAUGAAAAAAUAAAAUAAUAAAAAAUAAAAUAAAAUAAAAAUAUUCUGAACUAUUUAGCUGUGUUGAACAAAA